AUGGGACUCAUAUCAGCCUUCACCCUCAUACGGACAGUCUCGCUGUUCCACAUCACCGCGGCAUACUUYUUCUUGGCAUCCCCGAGAGUCAUUGCCGAUCAGAAUGUGGUGUUCAUCCUUGGAGAAAGCAUGAGAAUGUCUCAUGCGACUACUCUGGACAAACCCAGCGAGGCGUCGGCUUUUGCCGGUGUCUUGCUGGCCUUCCUAGGGAUUGCAGAUCUUACGGCCGCGUCUUUGAGCGAACUUGUGGCGUUGGAGUACUGGCUUUCAAACGUACCAGUGCGUUUGACUUUCUUGUUUGGCCUCACUGGAUACGUUUACCUAUUCAAGGAGRGCGGCAUGUUUGGCCCUGCUUCGCGGGUUACAGCUAGUCUUGGAGAGCCGCUGCAGAACAGCAUGGUUUUUGCAUUUGGAUUCUUCGAGAUUGCAUUGUGGUUCUGGAUUUUCACCAACCUGCGCGAGGAGCGAGACACUCUGGCCCGUAAGCAUUUUGAGGAAAUGAAAGCCAAGGAGGACAGGCUAUAG